AUGGAGACAAGACGAGCGGUGACAACUGACAACGCCCACGUCCCAUGCCAGGGCCAGGCUUACAUGGGAUUCGCAGCAAAAAGUUGCGAGAGUUGCCGUCGCGGAGUGCCAGUGCUCGCGCCCUCUGACGCCACGCCCACUGGCCACUCCGCACGGGGAGCGCAUGCCUGGUCCUCGACGACAUCCGCGCGCGGCUCUGCACCGAGGGCCGAGUCUGGAGGGCAGGGACCGACACGGAGGGCUUGGGAUGGAUGCGCCUACACCGAAGCGAACGCCCCGAGAUGUGUUCACGGAGCGGCGGCGUCGCCGCGCCCGCACGAGACGGCGGAGCUGGACGCGACGGAGGCGGCGUUCGCCGGGGAGUCGGCGGAGCAGCGCAACCGCUUCCUGGUGCUGCGGCUGUACGAGGCGCUCAACGCCCGCGACGCGCGCCGGGCGCAGGAGCUGCUGGCGCCCGACCUCGAGUGGUGGUUCCAUGGGCCCCCCACGCGCCAGCACAUGAUGCGCCUCCUCACCGGCGCGGACCAGCGCGACAAGAACCACGGCGGCGGCGGCGGAUUCGUCUUCUCCCCGCGCUCCGUCGACGCCUUCGGGUCCACCGUCAUCGCCGAGGGCGCCGACGAAACGCGCCAGCUCUACUGGGUGCACGCCUGGACCGUAGGGCCUGAUGGGGUGAUCACCCAGCUCAGGGAGUACUUCAACACCGACCUCACCGUCACCCUCCUCUCCGGCGCCGCCGCCUCCGCCAAGAAAGCUGACAUUGCAGGCGCUCCGCCUAAGCAGCAGGACGCUGCCUCUUCUUCCUCGUCGUCCCCCUCGGCAGCAGCAGGGCCCAAGUGCCUGUGGCAGAGCCGCCGCGCCGACAGCGCACACAAGUCGCUGCCGGGCCUCGUCCUCGCCAUCUGA